CACAACACAAAGAAGACACAGGGAGCAAGAAGCAAUAACAAACAAACCUAGCAGCAGGAAGCUAACGCAACUCUGGGAAACCGAGCACAAAGGCAAAGAUUGUCGAGAAAGUAGCUAGACGUCGUAAAGAAAAACAAACUCAAUCGUUGUAACACGACGACAUGUGAGAAACUCAACUGAGACGCCUGGAAUAACUUGACGUUGGAUUACAACCGUCACGGUACCGAUACUAGCAGGAUACUAAGUUUAGUUCAACUGUAAGCGACCAAGGAUGUCUCACCUUGGUGUGUGGUGCACGGGAGCUCGAUUGAGUGUCCUUGUAGUGGUUCUUUGCAGCGUUCUGGUUCCCUCCCCCACACAUGCCUAUAUCUAUGCUCACUAUAGCAAUAUGACCUCGAUGUUGUUUGAGGACCUGCCUGCCUUGUUUGGUGCCCCUCUUCCUAAAGAUGGACUAAUGGGAGUUUUGGCGGUGUCCCGUCCGCUUAAUGGCUGUACACCAAUAGCCCCUCCUCUUCCACUGCCCUCAUCUUAUGAUGCCAACACCACCAAAUUCAUCGUCCUCAUCAGACGCUACGACUGCAAUUUUGAUAUAAAGGUCUUGCACGCACAGCAAGCUGGAUACAGUGCUGCAAUCAUUCACAACAUGUACUCAGACACUCUGCUCAAUAUGAACUACAGCAACGAAACGAUUGCAGAAGAAAUUGAGAUCCCUUCUGUAUUCACCAGCUACUAUGCUUCCCAAAUUCUCAAGAAUUUCAUAAUUCCAGAACAAGGGGCCUACGUGAUCCUAAAGCCGGAGUUUGCUUUUCCACUCUCAUAUUACCUUAUCCCCUUCACUGGAGUAGUUGGCAUGAUCAUUCUUGUGAUGGGUGUCGUCUUGAUCAUACGAUGUGUACAGUACAGGAAAAGGCUGAGGAAAAAUCGCUUGUCCAAGGAACAACUGAAGCGGAUUCCAACCCACAGGUUCACCAAAGGGGACGACUAUGAUGUGUGUGCAAUAUGUCUGGAUGAGUAUGAAGAAGGAGACAAGCUGCGAGUUUUACCUUGUUCUCAUGCCUACCACUGCAAGUGUGUGGACCCGUGGCUCACACAGACCAAGAAGACCUGCCCUGUGUGCAAACAACGCGUCACUCGCAACAACCAAGAGCACUCAGAGUCUGAUUCUGAGGAGGAAACUGGAGGACGUGGAGAAGAAGAGGGAACGGAGGGUGAAGCAGACUCGGAGCGCACUCCCCUGCUGCGACCCUCCAACCCGGGGUCCCCCUCAGGGAGCCCAAGGGCCUACUCAGCUACCACCACCACCACCACUACUGCCCAGUGCCUCGCCUCCCCUCCACACUGCGACUCACCCAUCCUGGGUUAUGAAGGCUACCACUCCCCCCUGGAGGACACGGACUCAGAAAGCGAUGACGCAGGAGAGGACAGGCACCACACUGAUGACGACACUGCUCAGCUUAUUGGUAGGGACAGAGUGGAGGUCUGAUGGCUGGAACAUAGCUGUGAUGAGAUCACUUAGUUUUACCUAAGAGCAGUCUUUGUGUCAUCAGUCUUGCCAUCAAACUGUAUUUUGAAAUAGUUCUCAGAUUUGUUGAAAGCUAGACAUUUAUGAUAACAGAAUCUUUUACCCAGUAACCAGAGGAGGUCUACUUGUUAGUGUCAAAGCACAUGCAGCACAAAAAUCCAACAUCGAGCACCAACCACCUCUUUACACUCCGGUACUCCUUUAUUUGUCUGUAGACCUCCUUUUUUAAUGCAUGUUGUAUUUCUUAACUUGACCACGCCAUGUGACCUAACCACUAGUGCUGCACAAAAAGAAAGGGCCACUUGAAUCUAAUGUGCUGUAUAAGUAAGAGUGCGACUCAGCUAGAUGAAGCCUGUGUUGCUAAACAGUACAGAUUCUCUGCUCACACUUAAUUGGAUCCUCUAGGUUUCCUGUGUAAGGUUUCAGUGAGGUUAGUGCAGUGUGAAGACGCUUUGUCGUCUUAAUCAUAAUCGUUUUAUAUCUGACGGCCCUUUUUACCAGCCUCACAUCGUUUCCUAACAAGGGUUUGCACAGGGAGGGGAAAUGUCUUUAUUUGAUCUUUUAAUCCCCUUGGCUCUCCUUUUGCGUUUUAAAAAUACAUAUAUUUCAGUUCAUUGAAUUUUUUAGAUUUUUUUCCAUAUCCACACUAAAUUACGCUAUUAUAAAAUAUUGCAAAGAUGUUAUACGUUUCUGCUGUUUUGACAUUGUCAUUGAUAAUACUGUGUGGUCAGUUUAAGGAAAAUAUUUUUAGCUUUAUCCAGUUUGUCACGUUGAACAAACUCAGGUUUUUAGCAACAAUAUUAAAGGUCAGUGGUUAUUUUAAAUGUUUAACACAGUGAGAACUAACAGGGUUUGGUCUUACGAGUUGUUUUAGCUUUUUUUUUCCUUUGAAUUAGUGAAAAAUAGAUUCAUGAAUAUUUAAAGGUUUACUAUUCAGGAUUGCCGGUUACUGUCUGUAAAUGGGCUCGCCACAGAAAGUGAAAACCAACCCCGGAUUCACUCGCGUAUGGCGUUUGGCCUCGCUAUAUUUCUGUUUUGUGGCGCUGUGGCGUGGUUGCCUGCUACUUAUGGUCUAGCACCUGGGGCCAGAUGCAUAAAACUCUGUGUAGAUUCACAACUGAAACUGGAAGGCUGAAACUUCCAUACACAAUUUUUUUUGUCAGCUUUAUAAAGCCAUGCAUACGACUGAUUUUGUUUUAUAGACCUCGAUCAUUGCAGUGCCGGGUGCACGUGCACAAGCUUUGUUUCCAAAACCACAGUUUGUCAUAAAUGGGUGUAGAAAAGACCUGACAUUAAUUUGCAUAUGAUACUUGUGCCCCUCCUUAUCUGCCAAUGAGAAGUAUAGUAAAGAAAGUGCAUUGUCACUGACUGUGUUGCAUCAGCGAGGGUGCCAGCAUAGCCGUCGUUACACACAGCAUCCAUACCACUAAUUCAUCACAUUUCUGCACACCAUCAUCGCAGUAAAAUCUCAAUCAUUAUUAUUGUUAAACUUCAUAAGGAUUCAUUCUUAGCACUCAUUUUGAAACUGACUGACUUUACAAAGUGCUUCACAGGACAACGAUAAACAUUUAUUAACAGGAAGAUGAAUGUAAAUAAAAAUAAUGAGAUUUAUCACUGAAGUUAUUUUUAAUUAGCUUUAUAAAUGCACCUUUUCAUUGAUAUUUUGCAGAGUGCUGUGUAGCCUUAAAAAAUGCAGUCAGUGACAUGAGCAAACAACCUCAAAACAGUAUUAUCCAUCUCUCAACUUAUAAAUAAUCUUCUUCUUAUCACAUCACCUGCAGCUAUCUGAGCUAAAACCACGUGUACUGAUGGUCUAAAGAAUGUGUGAGGUGCACAUUCUCACUGUGCAUCCUUCCUUUAUAAAUACAUAUACAAAGACGCACACAUCGUAUAUGCAUCUGGCCCCUGGUCGGAUACACGCCCAAAAACGUCCUGAACACAGGAAAUAAAAAAAAUUCAGGCAGGGGGCAGAAUCUGUACCGAAAAAUACACAGCCACACACUUCCAGCAGGUCAGGUGAUGACUGAGACAGAUUACUACUGUAUGAGUCUAUACAUUGUUUUCUAGGACAAUCCUGCAUAGUUUACCUUCAGUGGAUCUUUUUCCAUUUUUAUACAUGACAGAAUGAUAACAUGUUGAAGUGGGGACCCUGGGGGUGUUUUUAGGAUAGAAAAGAGCAUUGCCUUACAUUGGCCUUGAUGUACAUGUGUAUGUUAAAUGUUUGGAAAUAGAAGGGACAGCAUUCACACUCCUUUGUUUUCCUCUUGUCUAGUUGUAUAUGAAUACCGCUGGUUUGAAAGCUUUGAUCUCAUCCCCUCGUCUGUAAAUGUAGUCAUGUUAGUUUUUAUAGUGACGAACAAGAAAUAGACAGCCUGUGUCUCCACGUGUUUAUAGUAAUGACACAGAUAGCCAUCUUACACAUGCUUGAUUUGCACCUAAACAUUUUGGACAGGCUCGGCGGCUGUCAAACAAGAUAUGGAUUGUUUCUCGACUUUAUAUAAUGACCUCCACGCUGUUGAGUUAUUUGAAGAGCAGCACAAAUAGAAACUUAAAAAAGUUGUUUCAGCCAAACUGUUUCACUGCUCCAACUGUUUUUAUCUUGAUCUAAGAUCGUAAAUUCAUAACUGGAAUUUUUGUUUCUAGAUUUUUUCUUUUGUUAGUUUUUAAUGUAUAAUAAAUAACCUGACAGGGUGUGGAUAUUUUUAAGCACUGUACAAAUCUAACCACACUCUCUAUUCGCCUAGAUGGGAUUAUACAAAUGUGAUCAGUGUUUCCUCUUGUGUUAAUUUUCAGUCAAAAAAAAAUAUGAAAUCAGAAUUGUAAUUCAGGCUUACUGUCAUCUGUGAUAAAAAAUAGUGCUGAAAAUGGUCUUUGAACUGUUUAAUCAUUUAAAAUAACAUGACUUGAUCUUUACCACAUUAGAUAGGGGACCAAAUGUAACCCCCCCAACACCACAACUGUAAAUGAUAACAGAGGAAACACUGUACACGAUGCAUAUAUAUGUUAUGUGUCUGAGGAUUUGUCAGUACGUUGCAUUCAGUGUGAAAGAGGCGAAUCAGUAGGACUCUGAAAUCAUAACAUUCCAUCUUUUUAUCCUACUGAUGAUUGAUUAAUAGACUCAACACUAUCAACGUUUGAUCGGGACUUGUUGGCAAUAGUCUGUAUUGUAAAAUAGAACUGCUUUUUUUCCUAUUUGCAGUAUGCUUCAAAUGACUUUGUACUGUACUUUUCUUUUUUUCCCUCUAUAUGUCUCAAUUUUAGAGACUGUCGACUGAAACAAAUGGACAAAUGUAAUCCCCCAAAUUUUUAUUUUUUCUUCUUCUUUUAGAAUGUGCCUAGUUUAAUCACACUUAAAUAAUAAAUGUACAGUGUCAAGUAUGAUUUCCAUGUAUAAAGCAGGUUUGAGAAUCGUUAGGAUUUCUGAACACAGUCUGUGGAAAGCUGCAUUUAUUGUGUGAUUUGUGGAAGAUUAAAUGAUAUUGAAACGGGACUUUGGAGCCACUUUUUUUGUUGAAAUCAGAAAAGAGGAAUACAGGAACACUUUCCUUACAGUGGCCUGUUGUCAAAUGUGAUAAUGUGUGUUUAUAAUAAAGCCAUUAUAGAGCAAA